GGUGGUGUAAACGAGCCCAGGUGGCAGCAGCAUGGUCUGCUGGCCGGUGCACAGACAGGCAGGCAGACAGACAGACAGAUAGUGGUCAUGCCAUUUUCCAUGUGGCUUGCUGGGGGCGAGUUUGCGCCCCACUAGCAGAGAGAGCAGCUAUUUUGAAAGUGACCCCUCAUUCAGGCAGCGACCGUGCAGCUGUCAGGAACCAUGACUGAAGAUGACGGAUUCUGUUGUCGUGGAGGGAUAUGCCAGACUCAGAGAUGGAAAAAAGUGGAAAACUAGGUGGCUCGUUCUCCGCAAGCCGUCGCCUGUAGCAGACUGCCUCUUGCUGCUGGUUUUCAAAGACAAGUCCGACAAAGCGCAGGGAAACAAGGAGAGGGUCAGUGUGACCUUGGAGGAGAUCUGCGGUCUGGAAGUGGGACAGUGGUAUGAAGGUGUGGCUUUUACUCUGGCCAUCCUCUGCCUAAACCAGGCUGCUAUACUGGGCUUCGACAGCAAGGAGGCCCUGCUGGCGUGGGACGCCCGCCUACGAUACAGCCUCGGAGAAGUUCACAGAUUCAGUGUUGGAGUCUUACCAGGGACCAAGUUGGAGAGUGGACCUGCAACUCUUCAUUUGUGUAACAACCUACUGGCUCUGGCCCGGGACGUCCCUCCUGUUAUUAUCGGCCACUGGAACCUUCCCGACCUGCGCAGAUAUGGGCCUGUACCCAAUGGAUUUGUGUUCGAGGGAGGAACAAGAUGUGGUUACUGGGCCGGUGUCUUUCUGCUCGCGUCUGCUGAGAGCGAGCAGAUCAGCUUUCUAUUCGACUGCAUCGUCAGAGGCAUCUCCCCCACCAGAGGCCCUUUUGGACUGCGGCCAGUUUUGCCAGACCCCAGUGCCAGCCAGACGAGUUCGGAGGAGAGGUUGAACCACGAGGCCCAGGAGCUGGAGAAACGACUGAGCAUGCUGUCUCACAGGAGCAGCACAGUCUCGUCCUCGUACUGUCUGUCUGCUGGGGGCGAUGAUCGUAGCAUAUCUGGUUCCUCCGACACAUCGGACACCAGCCAAUCAGACUGCAGCAUUGGCAGCCGGAUGGCCAUUUGGACCGAGCCGGCCUCCAGCCCCUCUGAAAACCUCAGCCAUGUGGGAGCUAAAGCGGCACUACAGAGCAUCGAGAAGCUUUCCGUCAACCAGGGAGGAGGGAACCGACCUGCUGCCAAGCCCCCACGGCAGCUCCAGGAGAUCGGCCGUCAGAGCUCCUCUGACAGCGGCAUCGCCACCGGCAGCCAUUCCUCUUACUCUGGAAGUUUCUCCUCGUACACAGGCAGCCUGGAUAUCGCCCCCGGGGAGGACUUUGGGUCUGUUUUCAGCUUGCCUCCCCACUUGGCUCAAGACCUGAGCCCUUGUAGUUGCACCACUGUCCCUGGACAUGAAUACCAAGUACCAACAUCACUUAGGUAUCUCUAUGACAGCCCCAGGAGUGUGUUACAGGAGGGAGGUGGGGGCGCCAAAGACAAUGAAUCCUCCACGCCAACUAAGGACACUCCUGCUUCUUCAGGCCUCACAACAGACUCUGCAAAGGGGGAUAAAAGCAGCACCAUGACCUCUGAGGGUCCCUCAGAAACUAGUGAAAGAGCAUCAGUGAGUGAACACUUACAAGGCUCCUCAGAGGAGAGUAAGAAAACAAAAGUGGCACCCUCGAGUGAACACCCAGACUCCUGUCACAUCUGCAGCCCUCUCACAUCUGUCCCCAAAACCAUUGUGACCAUCUGCUCAGUCUGCGGUGGAUUUAAGGGGACACCACACACCCCUGCAAGUGGUUCAGCGGUCCCUGCCAUACCAGCAGAUCAAAGUGUUGACAAAUCACCAUGCAGACCCAGCGCUGCCAGUGAACACAAUAUUGCAGUGAAGAAAAUUCUGGAGAAACCCUGUGCCUCUCCUGGCUCUGGAAGCAUCCACAGCUUGGAGAAGCCAACAGUGAGGACAAGUGAGGAUUCAGCGCUGCCAAAAAAAGGAAGAGAGAAAUUAGCCAGUCUCUUGGCUGAUCUGCUAGGCUUUCCAAGCGUAGACAGGCAGCCCGAGGCAAAGACUAACAGACUGAACCUGUAUGAGUCAAUGAGCCCUAGCUUUGGGAAUGAGCUCAAAUCCACACUAACUGGCACCUGUGCGCCACCGCAAGAUUCACAGCAGGACAAAAGAGCUGUCAUUUACGAGAACUGUUUCAAGUGUCAAGGAGAGAACUGCCACCCUCCACCACGGGUCGUACCUGCUGAGACAUACCGCAACAGGAACGUUUCCACUUUACAAACCUUUCCAACUGGGCCGCACCUGAAGGAAAGCCAAGAACAAGAAGUAGCUGCUAAUGAGGAGCUGCUGUGUGAAGCUGCCAGUGAUGGAUCACAGAGUGUGGCUGGGCAGUGUCAGUACGGAGAGAUGAAUGGUCGGACGGUGACCAGUGAAGACAAAAGGCUUAAUAGUAAAGAGGAAAGACGCAGAGCUGAUCCCGCUUAUGAGAUCAUGGAGAGUCGGGGCCUGGAGAGGAACUCAGAGGCGGAAGAAAAAAGCAAGUACGAGCUGAUGGGCAGCUGUGGUCAACAACGGUUCCUUCAAGAGACUGAAGGCACCAUGUUCGUUUUCCCCCCCGAGGCACCGCUCCCCGAAAGGCCUCGCAGUGACGCUGUGACGUAUGUGAAUAUUCCUGUCAGUCCCACAUCCAAGAAGCAGCUCAACUACAUGGAGCUGGAGCUGCAGGAGCCCGGUCCCAGCCCGCGAGGGAGCGUCGCACAUCUCCCCGCUCAGAAGCUCAUAUGGACAGUGUCACAGGAUGAGCGGCCAGCAGAGACUCUGACUCUGGAAACGAUCUGGGAGCCCCAGCUUGGCAGUGUGAAAGCGUUGGAAGAGAGAGAAACACAGUGCACAUUACUCUCAAAGUGUGCUACAGUUGAGGCUGUGAAAGGAAAGAGCUCCACCAAGUACGCCCAGAUUGACAUCACCGCCACAGAAACGGCCCACAAAGUUGGCACACAGCAUGCCCUGGGUCGGCAGGAGGGCCUGCACACUCUGGAGCUGAGAAGAAAGGGGACACCACAUUGAUUUCUUCAUCACUGAACUGUUGAUCUCAGCAGGAUGUUUUUUGCCCAAGACCAGUGUACUACAUCAAACUCUAGUUUGAAGGAAACAUCUCUCUGAGGGGGUUUUCAGUUGAGACUGUUACCAAGAGAUCCUCAGAGGUUUGCUGUGGAAUUCAUUUUGGAAUUCAUCACAUCAUCCACACUUAAGUCCCAGGAAAUAUCUGCCCAAUGUCCAUUUCCUUAGAUUCAGACUUGCCUCCAUCAUCACAAAGCAACCUAGAGAUGGAGAAAAGUUUGGCGAAGGAUCAGGAGCAAUUUUUCAAUCUUGGUCUCCUUUUAGUCUCGAGCAUUUCAUUAAAUGGCAUUAUGUCCAUGCAGGGGCCUCAGGCUAACUUGGAGGAAGAUGUGCCAGCCCAGAGCUGAGUCAGCGGCCCCGAUUAAACCCCCAGAGCAGAGGCAUUUCACAGCUCACUCGGGCCAUCCCUAAUAACAUGCAAUAUGCUGUUUUUGUCCUUGUUUGGGAGAGCGAGGCAGGGUGGCAGCAGGAGAGGAGGCAGAGAUGGUUAUUUAUUCUCAGGAGGAGUUCACAGUUAUUUAUUCCUCAGUGACAACCACAUCAGUAAUUCCACAUGUAGUUGCACGAAACUCACUUUUUAGUUUAUUCAUAUUUGGGGAAACUUUCCAUCCAGUCUUACUCAGAAUGCUGCAGAUUUCAGGCUCACUGAUUUGAAAAAAUGUACAAGUAAGAACAGGAUUGUGCAUGGUGACUUUUUGUUUUUGCCUUAGUGUAACCUAUGGAUUGGUGUUUAUCAGAAUCUCAGUGCUGCUAUUGUUUGUUUUCCUCUACUUCCUAGUUCAUAUGGAGUGGGAUUUACUAUGGAAAGUGAUCAUCGAUAAUGCAAAGCAGAGAAGAUAAAAGAAAAUAUUUGGAUGUUGUUAAUCAUUCUGCAACAAUACCUGUCUGGCACUCAUGGCCAUUGUUUGUCAAACUUGUGUAUUUUAAAAGAAGUGUUGUUUUUUAUACUUGCUGAGGUAGUUUAAGUCCUUUUUUAUUAUUUUCUUCAAUUUUGCAAAAAAAAAAAAAAAAAGGAAAAAAGGUAUUUAGUAGUGUUUCUUGGAGCUACUUUAGCAGCCUGUUUUGGUCUCAUACCCGACUCAGAUUACACUCUAUUUUUUUGUCUGUAAAUACAUUUUCUUUCUAUUUAGCUGAUGUGGCUUGUUGUAAAAUAUACAUGUCAAGAUAUAAUGUAUGUACAGAAAGGAUAUAUGGAAAGGGUUCAAGGACAGUGCCUGCCUCCCAAGGCACUAUUUUUUCAUGCAAUACUAUUUUUCUUGUAAAUUAUUUACAGCAAAGUACUGCUUUGAUGUGCAUGUUCACUUUUUUCUAGAGCUACAGUAAAUCAUAUAUUGGACUUUUCUUCCCAUGUACAGUUGUAAACCAGUUUGGUACAAUAUUAUAUAAAGCACCUGUACAACUGACGUUUGUUUUCAUUCAUCACGAAGUAUCGACACUAAAUGUCGACUAUUCUACAGUAUGAAGGCAAUCUGCUCUGAUCAUGCUAGCAGAAUAUAUGUAAAAAAAAAUUAAACGUUUAGGCUAUACAGUGUCCCACUGACAUAAUUAUAUCUUGUUAUAAUCAAACUCCAAGUAAAAAGAAAAGUUAAAAUAUUUAAUUUACCAAUAAAUAAUUUAAGUCCAUUUUAUUUAUACAGCCCAGUGUCACCUGCUUAUUCUAUCUAUCAACAACUAAAUUAAUGUUUGGGUUCAAAAAAGAACCAUGAAUUCCGUUUAAAUGCUUUUAAAUUUAGUAUGUCAUAGAAAAUGUCAUGUUAAAUGUCAAAAAUGGUACAGUAUACUAUGCUAUAAAAAUUUGAAUAAAAUCUCUCAUUGUAUAGUAUGCAACAAAAUUAUUAAAAGGUCAUAAUGUAGUAGGUCAUAUAAAUAAUGAACAAUGUCAUACUACAGUAGGUCAUAAAAAUAAUUGAUUAAAAAAUCAGAGACAGUACAAUAGGUCAUUAAAAGUCAAAGUACAAUAUUCCAUUAAAAGUGUGAUGAAAAAUAUUGUUUUAUAGGUCAUAAAAGAGUGAUAAGCCAGUCACAGUUAAGUGAAUUAUGAAAAUUCAUACUACGGUAAAUACAUUAUUAAAAAAAAGCCAUAGGAUAAUAUUCCCUAAAAGUAAUUUUUGACAAAAGUCAUAGAAGAGUACGCCAGUAACCAAGUCAUAAAAAAAUGAUAGUAUAGUAUGUCAUUAAAAACUGUCAUGAAAAAGUUAUAGUAAAGUAUGUCAUUUAAGAAGUCAAAAACUGUCAUAAAAAAGUUUUUAAUGACAGUUUCACGAUUUCUGACGACAUGCUAUUCUAUGACUAUUUUUCAUGGUUUUGGACAAGAUACCAUACCAUGACUUUUAUAGUAUAGUAUGUCAUCCAAUAUCAUGAAAAAAAGUCAUAGUAUAGUAUGUUGUCCAAAACCAUGAAAAAUAGUCAUAGUAUAGUAUGUCAUUCAAAAUCAUGAAAAAAAAUUAUUCAUAGUAUGUUGUCAAAAACAAUGAAAAAAAAAUCAAAGUAUAGUAUUUUGUCAAAAAAACAUGAAAAAAAGUAAUGGGCUAGUUCCUUCUGAUGCAUGACAAUGCCCAGCCUCAUGUGGCUGGAGUGUGUCAGCAGCUCCUGGAUGAGGAAGGCAUUGAUGCUAUUGACUGGCCCGCCCGUGGCUGACUGAUGCCCUGAUCCAGGUCUGGGAGGAGAUCCCCCAGGAGCAUGCCCAGACUUUGUAGGGAAUGUAGGUGGAGGCCAUACACACUACUGAGCAACAUUAUGAGUUGUCCUGAGGAAAUUCACAGGAGUGGGAUAAGCCUGUGAUCUGAUUUUUCCACUUCGAUUUUGGGUAUGAUUCUGAAUCCAGUCCUAAAUGAGUUAAUGAUUUUGGUUUCCAUGGACUGUUCUUACAUUAUUUUGUUCUCAACGAAUUACACUAUGUAAUCAAUAAAGA